AUGGGCAAAGCUCAAAGUAAAUUAAGUCCAGAGCAACUAAGCGAAUUGCAGAAAUCAACCAGAUUUGAUAAGAAAGAGUUACAGCAAUGGUAUAAAGGCUUUCUCAAGGACUGCCCCACCGGCCAACUCGACAAGACCGAGUUCCAAAAGAUCUAUAAACAAUUUUUUCCGUUCGGUGAUCCGUCCAAGUUUGCAGAUUAUGUAUUCAAUGUAUUCGAUUCCGACAAGAACGGCACCAUCGACUUUACCGAGUUCAUAUGUGCACUUUCAGUAACUAGUCGAGGUGAACUGGACGAGAAGUUGGUUUGGGCGUUCCAGUUGUACGAUAUUGAUAAUGAUGGAUAUAUCACCCGUGGGGAAAUGCUGAGGAUCGUUGAUGCUAUCUAUAAAAUGGUUGGAUCUAUGGUGAAAUUACCAGAAGAUGAGGAUACGCCAGAGAAAAGAGUCGAUAAGAUAUUCCAGUUAAUGGAUACCAACAAAGACGGAAAGCUGAGUAUGGAGGAGUUCAGAGAAGGUUCUAAACAAGACCCUACCAUCGUCCAAGCGCUGAACCUUUAUGAUGGAUUGGUUUAA